AUGUCACUGAGUCCUUACGACUUGCAGAGUAACUAUGGAGACGUCACUCCAAUCGACCAGGACGACGGUCCCUCUCCGAUCGCUCCUAUAGCCUACUCGACAGAAUACUCGACGGCAAUGUCAUACUUUCGCGCGCUGGUUCGAAAUAACGAAAUGAGCAAACGUGCACUGGAUUUAACGAGCGAAAUUAUAAAGCAUAACCCCGCGCAUUACACAGUAUGGAAUUACCGACAGCAGAUUCUUUUUGCAUUGAACGAGAAUUUGACAGCAGAACUUGACUUUAUCAAAAGGCUAGCGAGGGAUAACCCCAAGAAUUAUCAGCUAUGGUACCAUCGUCAGGUGAUUGUCGAAAAGCUUUCAGACUGUUCAAACGAAGUAGCAUUUGUAAACGAAGUGUUAGACGACGAUGCGAAGAAUUAUCAUGCCUGGUCCUACAGGCAAUGGAUUAAUACUCAUUUCAACCUUUGGGAUGAUGAACUACCCUUCAUCGACAAAUUGCUGAAUGAUGACGUUCGCAACAAUUCGGCAUGGAAUUAUCGAUAUUUUGUUGUAUUUCACGAUCCGGAUGUCGCUGAAGAAAAUCUUAUUGAGUCUGAAAUCAAUUAUACUAUGGAGAAGAUAAGACAAACGCCAAAUAAUAUUAGCCCGUGGAACUAUUUGAGAGGUAUCCUAGAGAAAUCAUCUCGCGACAUUCAGGAACUCGAAUCUUUUUGUAAAGAAUUCACUGAUAAUGAUAUCAACUCGCCUCAUGCUAUGGGCUGGCUUGUUGAUAUUUACGGGAAUCGCGCCAAAAAUGGUGACGAACAAGCAAAAGAGGACGCUAUCAAGAUCUGUGAAAGCCUGGCAAACACACAUGAUACGAUAAGAAAGGCGUACUGGGAGUAUCGUAAAGACGAACUCGCUACUCCGUCAUCGUAA